GAUUUUGUUCUUAAAUGACUUUCCUAGGUAAAAAAUAAAUAAAAAUACAUUGGUUUCUGCUCUGAGAGGGAAGGGGAGAGCACAGAGCAGAGCGAACUACUCAGAACUCUUCUACAGCCCACUAAACACACCUUUCUAAAUAGAGGAAGUGCCUCAGUGUGAGCCUCAGCCCCACCCAGUGAUGUGAUGGAACAGGCCAGAUGACUACAGAGCGGGAGAGAGCGAGCAGCUGUAGACUGACUCUAUUGCGUGACUGAGCUUUUACCACAGAGACGCUUUCAGUGAACAAAUUGAUUAGGAAGAGAAGGGUGUUCAGGGUCACUAGGAAAUAACUGAAGUUGGAAAGGACCAUUAAGUGGUGAACAGAGCAGAGUGAGACACCUGUUCAAGAUGAGACUGAGCUUGGUUUGUUCCUCUUGUUGACACUCAUUCUUCCCACUUAGCCAGGUUCUUAUUAUAAAUUAAUUGGGUGGAACUGACAUGUGUUCAGACUCAGUUGGGAGGGACUGACUUUAUCCUGACUUCUGUCUGACUGCGAACUGUUGGACUCUAGAUAUGACACAGAAUGCUACUAUGACUAGCCAUGGCAACGCUAAGAAGGGAGAAGAACUAAAAAUUGUUAUUGUGGGUGAUGGGGGAUGUGGGAAAACAUCCCUUCUAAUGGUGUAUGCCAAAGGAGACUUUCCAGAGAAGUAUGCUCCGUCUGUGUUUGAGAAAUAUGUCACCACAGUCACCUAUGGAGGGAAAGAGAUUCGGCUCAACCUCUAUGACACAGCCGGCCAAGAUGAUUAUGAUCGUUUGAGGCCACUCUCCUACCAGAAUGCCAACCUGGUGUUAGUUUGUUAUGAUGUGACCAACCCCACCAGUUUUGAAAAUGUCUUAAUCAAGUGGUACCCGGAAGUGAACCACUUCUGUCGCGAUGUUCCUGUCAUUCUGAUUGGCUGUAAAACUGACCUGAGGAAGGAUAAGGAGCGUACCAGGAGGCUCAAAGCCAUGGACCAGGCUCCCAUCACUUACACACAGGGUGAGGAGACCAGGCGGCAUAUGAGUGCUGAGCUUUAUCUAGAGUGUUCAGCCAAAUACCGGGAGAACGUAGAGGACAUUUUCAGAGAUGCCACCAAAAAAGCCCUGGCAUCAAGCCGCAGAGCAAGACAACGUACGAAGAAGAGGCAUUGUGUCAUCCUGUAACCUCGUUCUAGUAAAGGACAGAGGCUUGAAGUCCAUUAACACAACAGGGGACACUGUCCUCUGGUCUUACAUGCCAAAGCUACACAUUCUGCUGCUUGUCUAUUAUAAACAACUGCUUGCCACAUCCUGGGUCAUCCUAAUUCAAUUUCAAGAAGAGCCUGUUCUAUCCCCAACCAAUUCAUUCCUUUGGGAUCUGAACAAUGAUAUUGAACACUGAACUAAUAUCUACUAAGAUCUGCUGGGAUAGAGAUGGAAUUCCUGCUAGUUCUAUGGGCACAAGGUCUAUCCUGGGAUUCUAGAGUGGUUUUGUUAAUUCCUAGCUACAUUAGACCAGGGUGUAAAUUGGCAUAUAAAAGCAGAUUGAAAUUGUACUUCAUAUACCUUUUUCAAAUAUCCUUUUAUCAAUUACUGAAUUUCUAUUUUUACUUUUAUAAAGAACUUAUGCCUA